GAAGCGGCGCCUCGCCGGCUGCCUGGCGGGCUGCUCGCUGCCUGGCUGGGCUCGGCUGGCUCGGGGUGCUGGCGGUGUGGCGUCGGGGCGCCAUGGCGCUGCUGCUGGAGUACGAGUUCAAGGCGCUGCCGGCCGACAAGCAGAUCGACACAGAGCCCUUCCUGGAGGCCGUGGCGCACCUGCCGCCCUUCUUCGAUUGCUUGGGGACGCCCAUUGUGUAUGCGCCAGUCAAAGCUGACCUCUCUGGGAACAUUAAGAAAAUACGAGCUGUUUAUGAAUCAAAUCCAACCAAGUUCAAAACGCUGCAGAACAUCCUGGAGGCAGAGAAGGAGAUGCAUGGAGCGGCUUGGCCAAAAGUUGGAGCAACCUUGGCACUCAUGUGGCUGAAAAGGGGCCUGAAGUUCAUCCAAGUUCUGCUGCAGAGCCUGUGUGAUGGCGAGAGGGACGAGGAGAACCCAAACCUCAUCCGGGUCAAUGCCACCAAAGCCUAUGAGUUGGCACUGAGGAAGUACCACGGCUGGAUGCUACAGAAGCUGUUCUUGGGCUCUGUGUAUGCUCUCCCUUACAAAUCGGAUUUGCUGAAAGCCCUGGAGAAAGGCAAAGAGGUGAAGGAAGAGGAGACUUUAGAGAAGAUCCACCAGUUCCUCUCCAAGGCGACACCCGUCCUGGAUGCAAUCUACGAAAUGUAUACAAAGAUGAAUGCUGAACUGAGCUACAAGGCUUGACCAAGCCGCCUCUCUCUGCCCCACCUUGGCCAAGAAGGCCAGAUGUUCUCCUGGUCACUGUGAGCAGCCCCUCCGGCUGGGUCUCAAUCUCCGGAGAAGCUCAACGUAGAAAUGCAUUUCUACCGAAACUGAAGCAAUACAACCUUGAGAUCAUCUCCAGGAUCUUCCUGAACCUUUUGUCCUGGUCGUUCAAGAGCUUAAAAAGUAUUUUAUAAUCUUUAUCUAACAGAUUUAUUUAUAACCAGUCUUGGGAAAUGAGGGGCACCUGGCAAUAAAGCUUAGCUAACUGGUACUGUAUUACACACACACACACA